AUGGGGCUGAGCUAUGGGCUUGUCAUCUGCUUUCUGCUCUGGGGAGGCACAGGACUGUGCUACCCCCAGCCCCUCUGGCAAGGUGGGACCCUCCUCCCCAUGACAUCUAAGCUGCCCGUGGUGGUGAAGUGUCUGGAGGCCCAGCUGGUGGUCACUGUCAGCAAAGACCUUUUUGGUACCGGGAAGCUCAUCCGGCCUGCAGACCUCACCCUGGGCCCCGAGAACUGUGAGCCGCUUGUCUCUAUGGACACGGAUGAUAUGGUCAGGUUUGAGGUUGGGCUGCAUGAGUGUGGCAACGGCGUGCAGGUGACCGAGGACGCCCUGGUGUACAGCACCUUCCUGCUCCACAACCCGCGCCCCACGGGAAACCUGUCCAUCCUGAGGACUAACCGCGCAGAGGUUCCCAUCGAGUGUCGCUACCCCAGGCAGGGCAACGUGAGCAGCCAGGCCAUCCUGCCCACCUGGGUGCCCUUCAGGACCACGAUGUUCUCAGAGGAGAAGCUGGUUUUCUCUCUGCAACUGAUGGAAAAGGACUGGGGCGCUGAGAAGAGGUCCCCCACCUUCCAGCUGGGAGAAAUAGCCCACCUCCAGGCCGACGUCCACACUGGCAGUCACGUGCCACUGCGACUGUUCGUGGACCACUGUGUGGCCACACUGACGCCAGACCGGAACACCUCCCCUUAUCACACCAUCGUGGACUUCCACGGUUGUCUCGUGGACGGUCUCUCCGAUGCCUCUUCUGCUUUCAAAGCCCCCAGACCUGGGCCAGAGACCCUCCAGUUCACAGUAGAUGUGUUCCACUUUGCCAAUGACUCCAGAAACACGGUAUAUAUCACCUGCCAUCUGAAGGUCACUCCGGCUGGCCAAGUCCCAGACCAACUAAACAAAGCCUGUUCCUUCAGCAAGUCCUCGAAUAGCUGGUCCCCAGUAGAAGGCCCUGCUGAUAUCUGUCAAUGUUGUCGCAAUGGCAGCUGUGGCAGUCCAGGCCUUUCCAGCAAGCUGUCCCACCCAGUGAGACAGUGGCACAAGUCUGCUUCCCGCAAUCGCAGGCAUGUGACAGAAGAAGCAGACGUCACGGUGGGCCCGCUGAUCUUCCUGGGAAAGGCCAAUGACCGUGCUGUGGAGGGGUCGACCUCUUCUCCCACCUCUCUGAUGCUGGGCCUGGGCCUGGGCCUGGCCGCGAUGGGAUCCCUGACCCUGGCUGUCAUUGUGCUGGGUCUUGCCAGGAGCCGCCAGGCUGCUUCCCACCCUGUGGUGUGCCCUGUGUCUGCUUCCCAAUAA